GGUUACCAACAUGGCGGCUGCCUUGCGUCGAUAACAUUUCUGUGUCAAUGUUAACUUUCAAACGCUUUGACAAAACGACACACUAAAGAAUCCCGAAAAGCUGCACCUCGUCCCGCAUCUCGACGCCGACAUGUUCCAGGUCAUCGGCGGGCGGAGCGUCCAGGCGGCCCGGCUCCUGUCCCCCCGCAGCGCCGUGCUCCUGGAGGCUGUCCGCGGCAGAAAGUCCCGUGAAGACCCGGUGGCCAAAUCCAAAGAGGGGAGAAUUAAAGUGCCUCCCCCCGUCGACCCGGUGGAGAUGGUCGUCCUGAAGGAGAGAUUUUCAGAGUACCAGCUGAUAAUGAGGGCGCUUCGUCUGGAAUUUAAGGAGGAGGUGCUCAGGAAGAAAUACCAGGAGGAGACCGGGUCCAUGGCUGAGGAGAGAGCGAAGCAGGAGGCGGAGGAGCAUCGCGCCCUCAUGGCCUGGAACGACCAGGAGAACCAACGCCUGCUCAAACUCAGGAUGCUGCGGUUCCAGAAGGAGAAGGAGGAAGCUGAGCGUAAGCGGGUCGAAGCUGAGAUUCAGCGAGAACAAGAACAACAAGAACUGAUCACACAAAGAGAGAGAGAAAUUUUACAGUUACAGGAGGAUGCAAAGAACUUCAUCACCUUGGAGAACUUGGACCAGCGAAUAGAAGAAGCUCUGGACAAUCCCAAGAAUUACAACUUUGCCAUCGAUAAACAAGGAAGAGUCGUCAAACAGACGGUGCAGCAGUGAAACGAGGAAACACACAAGACUCACCUGUAGUUUCAUCCCAGAGAGAGAGAGAGAGAGAGGGGCGGACAAACAGCGCUCUGUGUGUCAGUCUGAGCCGACCUGGAAGAGGAGCGUCGUCAAACUGACAGGAAAGGAUGUGAGACGGUUAAAUAAGAAAUGUCUGAGACUUUGUGUCUGCUGGAACUGAGCUGCUUUUUUUAAUCUUCUUUCUCGCCGUACUCCGUCUCAUUUGAGUUCUGAAUCUUUACCUUAACGUGUCCGUUUGAUCAUAUCUGUCUUCCUGUUCUUUGUAAUGUGAAGUAAACUCGUGAUAUCACAGUU